AUGGCGGACAGUCGAGAAACCACGGCGUCAACUACGCCCCAGCCCGACAUGACGCGCAACCGAUUGCCGACCCUUUUCGAGGUUUUGAGCCGUCGCACACUUCCUCCCGUUGAUCUCUUCUCUUUCUACAUCUAUAUGCGAGACCAACAGCGAUCCGUAGAUUACCUGGACUUUUGGCUGGAUGUCUCACAACACAUGUCUCUUUGUCGUCAUUACGUCCGCGAACUUCGACGAUCUGUUCUCAUAGCGACCCCAGACCUAGAAAAGACAUCUAAGCGAUCGUCGAUACUGGACCUUGGCGACUUGGAAUCUCGUGCGGCUGGUCCAUCGGGGUACCCAACUGAGAAGGAAAGAGAUCACGAUGCGCAUAUGUCGGCCUUUUUGCGCGAAGAUCAGAGCCAUGAAUCACCCCAGACACAGAGCGGCUCGAAUCACACCAAACCUAGCCCUCCAUUCAGCCAAUCUCAUGAUGCGACGGACUCAAACUCUCCGGCCCAUACGGUGGCUCGACAGGAUAUAAGGGCCUCUGCCGAGAAGAUUCUCUAUACCUUUUUGAUGCCUGGAGCCGAGAGAGAGAUUACGCUGCCCGGAUCAAUCACCCAGGAUGUUACGGCUAGCAUUGAAGAGUAUGGUCGAGACGACCCAGAAGUCUUUGAUGUGGCCAAGGACUACGUAUUCCAGGCAAUGGAACGAGAUGCGUUUCCCGGUUUCUUGCGCAUGAAGGCAUUGGGCAAUCUCAUCCCCCCGACGCUUGUUAUGCGUCUCAUCAUUGGACUUGUUGCCAUGUUUGGAGCUUUUUGGACUUCAUUCAUCCUAAUCUUUCUCGAUAAAUCUAGAGCACUCCGAUGCUGGCUCAUUCUUCCAUUCACUAUUGGCGUUUACUUCCUGGCGUCAUACCAAUAUUCCCUAGACCCAAUCCUGGCACUCAUCGGAUUCAGCGAGUACACACCCUUUAACUUCUCGCGCAUUAGAGAACCCUAUGUCCGCCGCAUGCUUGCAAAGCGCGCUAUGAUGGUAUUGGCUGUGACUCUGCUGAUCGAUGCUGGGCUAUGUGUUUUGUUCAUUCUUGUCCCGGGCAAAAGACUCUAA